AAUGGCACCCCCCGAGGAAUCGUAACUUGACUCUGGCGUACUCGGGCGGAACGUUUGUGCCGCGUGCGGACUUCGUUUCGCCGCGGAGAGGCGUCUUCAACGAAGGAGGAGGAGGAGGUUUAUGUCGAUUCUGUUGUCGCGCGGUUAAUUAUUUAUUUAGCAUUCGUCUUCCUCGCCACCGCAAACUCUCCCAACACUUCCCACUCCACCCGCUGGCCGCAGCCGCAACUACCGCCGCUAUCACCAUCAUCAUCACCACUACCACCAUUAACGCAAACAGCACGGCAUCACCAUCAUCGCCGCCGUCAUCAUCAUCAUCAACCACCGCCUCGACCACAUCAUCAUCACCAGCAUCUCAUCACCGCCAUCGUCUCUAAAACCAUCGCCCCUGCCCGUGCAGCUAUCACGCCAAAUCCCGAGACCGCUGGCUUGUAAGAAGCGUGCGAAGAAGUGCAAUCAUGAACGCCACAAGCCUGACAGGUCUCGUCCAAUCGGAUUCCACGGUCAGUUUGGCGACGCCCACGAGUGCGGGGGAUCAGCCAAUCCAGGCGAACCCAAUGCCCAUCAUCAUCGCCAUCGUCUGCAUAUUCCUUCUUAUCGCCACCUUUGUCAUCUUCAUGGCGCUGUGCCAGCCGUCCGUGCUGGCCGAGUCGAGCCACGUGGGCUCGUCGGGGCGAUGCCGUGCCCCCCGCGGCUGCUCGGGCACCGCGGGGCCGGGCUGCGCGCCCAUGCCCUGCGAGCCCGGCGACGCCAGCGAGCCGCAGCUCACCGUGUGGAAGCGCCUCGGCUCCCUGCGAGCGUCCGUGGCCGGCAGCUUCCGCCGGGUUCGUGUGCGCACCGCCGCCAACCACGGCGCCACCGCUCACGGGGCCACCGCUGCCGCCCAUGGAACCACCACCGCCCACGGCGCGGCCGCUGCCCAUGGAGUGACCCGCACCCCCAACGCGUCCGCCGUCAAGGAGCCGCUGGAUUUCACGAUGAAAGAACUGGCCACGCUUUAAAAAAAAAAAAAACGGGGUCCCUCCCGCGAGCGAUCGCGCGCAAUCGAGUUGCGCGCGCAACUGAUCGCUUAAGUGUUGGCCCCGCUUGGCAGGAAGGACUGGAGAGAUUGAUGUGGUUGGUGGUGGUGGGGGUUGUUGGUGGCUGGUGGCUUGGUUGAUGGGGGCACAACGGAGCAGCUGUUGCGAGUGCCACAUGUCGUCAUGCGUAGAACGUGCAUCUUCUGACUUUGGUUUUCAGGGGAGGUGCUAAGGAUCAAGGAAAGCAAAAGUGCGGGGCCCCAGGAAGCUCAAGGGGGCUCCGGUUUCGUGUAUGGAAUUAUUGGUGCAUUAAAUAUCAUCUCAAUUCAAAACGCAAUAAAAGUAAGAAGCUAAUUAAGUUUUCAUGAAAAACCCCAGUUCAUCUCUCUCUCAUCUCUAUACGUGUUAUGUCAUCUCACUCACAUCUAUAUACCGUGCGAUCCAUUGCACUGGAGAUUAUAUGCAUUGAAAGGGAGGGCUCCUGUUAUUAUUUAUGCUUUGGGGUUCCCAGUGGGCCUGCAUCAUGUCCGGUGGUGAUAGUCGGGGUUUAAUUUCUCACGUCGUAUUUUCCGCUGUCGGGGCUAGGACGAGGUGGGGGGACAUUUUCUGGAGCUCAGCCCUGGACAGUUCCGGCUUCAAUUAAUCCCUGGUGGUAGAGCUGUGGUCAACCAAGGUCACAAUAUCUGCCAGCCAGGAUGUCUUCACGAUCACGUGUUCUUGACCCACAGACUCGGGCAUGUCUUUUCAAUGCCAUUACCGAUCUCUCUCCGUUCAAGCAGUGGUAUGCGCUGCACGAGCCUGAUGAUUGUUCAAAGUUUCGUGCGUGAUUUCGAAAAAAAAUAAGGGAGAUAUUUUGUGUGUGUGUCCAAUGUUAGGGUAGCGGUAGUGCAAUGGUUAGCAAUGGUUAGCUCACCACCCAAGUUGGAAUCCCACACACGACCAGUAACAGUUGCGAAUAUCUAAACCGGUCCUG